AUGGCCACUAGAAAAUGUGAGAUAAUUCCCAGGACAGGAAGUACCCGACGUGGUCUAAGUGGACGCACUGGAGGACCAUGGGCCGGCAGUUUCGGAAGACGUUCCGAUCCUCCCUUCUGGAGGGAGGUGGAAUCCCCUCAAAGGUCUGAGACGAGGCGGGUCACUCCCGCUGGUCGGCGAUGCCGGAAGAACACCAUCCUCCCCCUCCGGGGGAGUCAGAUGCUGUUCCGAGAGCUGGAGGCGGAGACACUCCAGGGGAAGCCCGCCCUUUACCAGACAAAGGGCGCAGAGGGAGCAAUCCGCCUCCGCCGCCGACUCCACUAUUCUGCCCCACUCCACUAUUCUGCCGACUCCACUAUUCUGCGAGCCACCAGACCCCCAGACGCGGAGGGGAAUCAGCCCCAUCACUAUUGGCCUUUCGCCACUAGUGACCUCUACAAUUGGAAAGCUCAGAAUCCUAAGUUUUCCGAGAAACCGGCAGGGCUUAUUGAUUUAUUAGACUCUGUUCUUUUUACCCAUCAGCCCAUGUGGGACGAUUGCCAGCAGCUUUUGCAGGUCCUGUUCACGACUGAAGAAAGAGAAAGAAUCCUCAAUGGGGCCCGAAAACUAGUUCCGGGCACAGACGGGAAUCCCACCACCAACCAGGAGGCCUGGAAGGGGAUCCAGCCACACAUCCGGAGACUACGAAGCCUAGGGGUACUAGUUCCUUGCCAGUCUGCCUGGAACACCCCCUUACUGCCGGUCAAAAAGCCUCACACAAAUGACUACCAACCGGUACAAGACCUCCGGGAAGUAAAUAAGAGGGUCGCAGACAUACACCCAACUGUUCCCAACCCAUAUACUCUCUUGAGCUCCUUGGCGCCCUCCAGGGUCUGGUAUACUGUACUAGAUUUAAAGGACGCCUUCUUCAGUCUGCCGCUGGCAUCCCAGAGCCAACCCUUGUUCGCCUUUGAGUGGCAUGAUCCGGAGGAGGGCUACAGUGGGCAACUCACCUGGACACGGCUACCUCAGGGAUUCAAAAAUUCACCCACCAUCUUUGACGAGGCACUACACAAGGACCUGGUAUUUACAGACACCUUCUCUGGCUGGGUGGAGGCAUACCCAACCAAGUAUGAAACGGCUCAGACGGUGGCUAAGAAGCUACUAGAAGACAUCUUACCCAGAGGGCUCCAGAGGGCGCACGAGGACGUUUGGCCGCGCCUCCGUGCCAUCUACGAGGCUGGCCCGAUCCUGACACCUCAUCAGUACAGGCCGGGAGACUGGGUCUACGUCAAGAGGCACCACCGAGAGACUCUCGAGCCGCGCUGGAAGGGACCCUACAUCGUGGUGCUGACAACCCCCACCACUCUCAAGGUAGACGGCAUCGCGACCUGGGUCCAUCACACCCAUGCUCAGCCAGCGGACCCCUCCUCGAUCCAGAAGGACGUUGUCACGCGAUGGGCCAUCAGUCGGGACCAACACAACCCGCUCAAGCUCAAGCUACAGCGCAUUCGACCCACCUAAUAUUGGUAACUCUGUUAACUCUGUUUGCCAUUGCUCAUGCUGCCGGGAGUCCCCACGCCCCCCCAAACAUCACCUGGCAGAUCAUAGACACCAGCUCGGGGACAAUACUUAAUCAGACCUCCCAGAGCCACCCCAGGGACACUUGCUUCCCAGAACUUUGUGUAAACCUCCAAACUCUGUUCCCCUUGUCACCAUAAAUGCAGCCGGUCCCAUGA